AAUAUUGUUACAUUUCGUUCUUGUGAGAAAAGUUUGAGCAAGUUGUCGUCAUGUCUGGCCGAGGAAAGCAAGGUGGGAAAGUGCGAGCCAAGGCCAAGUCUCGCUCUUCUCGUGCGGGGCUGCAGUUUCCCGUGGGCCGUGUGCACCGGCUGCUGCGUAAGGGCAACUACGCGGAGCGUGUGGGCGCCGGUGCCCCCGUUUACAUGGCCGCGGUGCUGGAGUAUCUAACUGCUGAAAUCUUGGAGCUGGCUGGCAACGCCGCCCGGGACAACAAGAAAACCCGCAUCAUCCCCCGCCACUUGCAGCUGGCCAUCCGCAACGACGAGGAGCUGAACAAGCUGUUGGGCAAAGUCACCAUCGCCCAGGGUGGGGUCCUGCCCAACAUCCAGGCGGUGCUGCUGCCCAAGAAAACCGAGAGCCAUAAGGCUAAGGGCAAGUGAGGCUGCCGCGUCCCCUGGGGGAGAAGUUUCCCCGUGACUCGAUCUGCGUGAACCCAAAGGCUCUUUUAAGAGCCACCCACAAAUCCAUAAAAAGAGCUUCAGUCCCUUAUAGUUCCUAGAAAGUCUGUACUAGACUAUAGAGCUGUGGUACUGAAAUGGGACGCUUAAUGUUCGUGGUGUAAACGGAACAAAGCAGUCCCAAUUCGUACAGGGCGAAAAGAAAAUAGAGAUCCAUGAAAUCCGGCAAAGAUAAAGGUUUCGUUUUAAGAGUUCGAGGUGGUAGAUGAAAGCUGUGAAUUAGUUUUCUCUCCCAGGUUAUGAGGUCAAGAGCUGGAGCUGCCCCAUGAGUGAGAAGGCCAACAAUGUUAAGAGUAAAUGAAUAGGACAGGAGACCCCUCAUUUCUGUCUUUGGUGAAACACCCUCCUCCUUUGGCCUGGCUCGCAAUGAGCUGCAGCCGGCUGGAGAAGAAAGGAAACAUUGUUUCCAAGGGCGGAACUUUCCAAACCUCUUCAGACUUCCCGCCACGCACACAUCCCCUCCGUUCUCAUUCAGCAGCCACAAAGCGAAUUCACUCCUUAGAAAACGUGCCCCUUUGGGGGGGGGGGAGAAGAUCAGAGAUGCUAAAAGACAUGCAAAGGGUCACACAAAGCAGCCUCUCUGGCAUAGAAUCCAGAUCUCGGGACAUGUGCUUUAAUCAUUAGAUUAUAACCCCCCCCCCCCAACAACAACCACCCGGAUCCUGCUUCUACGGGGGUCAAUGAAGCGGGGGAUCAGGACAGAACAAACCAUGUGGUUAGGAAUAAGAGCUUCCCGCCUGCCCCAUAGUCUAGCUCGCCUUUUGCUAGAGCCGGUAUCAAAGCCCCCUACCCUGUACUUAGGACUUCGUAUCAUACGUUG